GGGGCUUGACAUGAGCACGGGCACAUGCGCGCUUUUCACGUACAUUGUGUACGCGACGCUGCCCCUACGCCUCCAUGAGGCCUCCCUCGGUGGAUUUGCCCUAGCCGCCAUCAAUAUUGGAGCCCGUAUCUUCAUGGGAAGGAUCUCUGCCCUUGAGCUCAUCUCCGUAAUCAGUACCCUGGUGGCCUGCAACCUGGCAGGCAUCAUGACCCACCACCCCCGCGAGCUGGCCCAGCGCCGGGCCUUCCUCGAGACCCGGGACUGUGUUGAGGCCCGCCUGGUCACGCAGAGGGAGAACCAGCAACAGGAGCGCCUCCUGCUGUCGGUUCUUCCCCGCCACGUCGCCAUGGAGAUGAAGGCUGACAUUGCCAGCCAGCCCCGACAGGAGCAAUUCCACAAGAUCUACAUCCAGCGCUAUGAGAAUGUCAGCAUCCUCUUCGCCGACAUUUGCGGAUUCACCUCCCUAUCGGACCAAUGCACGGCUGAGGAGCUGGUGCGCCUGCUGAACGAGCUCUUCGCACGAUUCGACCGCCUUGCCGCGGAGCACCACUGCCUGAGGAUCAAGCUACUCGGCGACUGCUACUACUGCGUAUCUGGACUCCCAGAGGCCCGCGAUGACCAUGCCAAGUGUUGCGUCGAGAUGGGACUGGACAUGAUUGAUGCCAUUGCCCUCGUCCGCGAGGUAAUGGCCGUUAACGUGAACAUGCGCGUGGGCAUCCACACCGGCCGCGUGCACUGCGUGGUCCUCGGCCUGCGCAAGUGGCAGUUCGAUGUAUGGUCCAAUGACGUCACCCUCGCCAACUACAUGGAGAGUGGAGGCGUUGCUGGACGCGUCCACAUCACGAAGGAAACCCUGGCAUGCCUCGGCGACGACUACAAGGUGGAACCCGGCAAUGGUGGCCAACGCAACGCAUACCUGAAGGACCAUAACAUUGAGACCUACCUGAUUGUACCUGAUAAUACCAGCCGUGUC